AUUUUACACAUUGGUGUUCAACUAGCCAGUGUUCGCCGAACAUUGUUCAAAGCGGAAGUGAACGCCAGACUUAUCUAGAGCAUGUUGUAGCGGGAGUAAAGCGAGUAAUAGAAAAUCCUGAGAAACUGACUGAGCAGCCUGCGUUCCACGAGUUCUGCAGAAUGGUGUCUCGUUUGAAGACCAAUUUCCAAUUGUGCGAACUAAUAAAAGUGCCUGAUUAUGCUGCUGUUAUGCGCCUGCUAGCACAAUUCACUGUGGAAAGCCUGCGGGAUAUUCGAGUUGUUAUCGCGGAAGGCAGCUUGUAUGUUUUUGGAAAAACGGCUGUGUCAAAUAACGAGGAGCACGACAAAAUGGAUGGAGAUCUUGUGGCGAGGUGCCUAAAAUUCAUGCGAAUCAGUGACAAUCGACUUAUCUUUCCUACAACAGUUAACGCCAAUCCAGGGAAAGAACUGUUGUCUCGAGCGUAUGGCCAAGAGACGCAAUGGGUCAUGGACGGUCUAACGGAAGGAGUCGAUAGUGCUGGAACGCGGCAUCCGCCACAGUUGUUCGAUCGAAAUUCUGAGUAUU